AUGACCGCAGGCGUAAUCAAAGAGGGAAUCUGGGUUUUGUUCCAGAUCGGGCCGGUUUACAUAACCAGUAUCGGCUUCUCAGCCGAUGAACUCGAGAACUUCUACGCUCUCAUCCGAAGUCAGGGUGUCAAGGACACGGAUGAGGAGGACGAGGAUGAAGAGGAUACCGAUCUUAGUGGCGUGAAUGCAGAUGCGGCCUUCGCAGGCACCUCAGUGUGGACUUGA